AUGAAGACUGCAUGGGUUGCCGUGCUCCUGCGAGUUCUGCUCUAUGGACAAUAUUCCAUGGCAGAGACGACAAUCAUCACCAGUACCGACGUGAAUUGCCAGAACACCCCACGAAACUUCCUCACCAAUCCAUCAGUCGAGACCGGUGAUAUCAACCCAUGGGGCAAAUAUAAAGGCUCAAUUUGCUCGCUACCCCUCGUCAUCAGGGACUCGUCGGAUGAUGGGAACUAUGCGAUGAAGAUCGGACCACUUGGUGGCUACUGGGCCGCACAGCAGACCGUGACCGGACUGACAAUUGGCACAACAUAUACACUUUCCUAUGACUACAAACCUAUCUCUGGAAUAGCCUACGACUUGUUCAUCGAACUAGAUGGCCACCUCCUAGCUAGCGCUGCCCUGAGGUAUUCGCCCCGAGCAGGCUGGAAGACCAUCUCUGGUACAUGGGAGGCGACUUCAACCUCGCACACGAUGGUCAUCUUAAUAUUCUCGCAACAUGACGGCGGAAUUCUGGAAUUGGACAAUGCCAAGUUUAUUGGUCCCGAGAAGGUGUGCUCGACCAGCACCAUCAGCUCGACCGCGACGGUGACUUCGACUUCCUCGGCCGUUCCUUCAUCAAUUACACCAUCUAGUACACCUGCCCACUUCAUUUCAUCAAGCGCCGUGGUGUCAUCGUCAUCGCCCAUCCGGUCUAUCCCAAGCGUGAUGCCCAUUUCUACUCCCUUGGGACUAUCGUCAACCCCAUUGCCAUCAAUCCGACCUUCUACCGUUCCUUUGUCGCAGAUCAGUCCCUCACCAAUCCCCGUUUCGCUUUCUAGCAUCCCCGUGUCAGUUCCAGAAUCAGUAUCUCCUUCUCCUAGCCUUUCUAUGAGCUUUUCUGUGAGCCGCUCGGAGCUCCCGUCCUCGGCAGUGUCAUUGUCGACUCCAUAUCCGAUUAGCUCCAGGCCCAUCCCCAAGUCGUCCUCGUCUGCCAUUCCAUUGGCUACACCUUCAUCUCUGCCUGUGCAGUCACCCACCGCACUCUCUUCAUCGGGAUCUUCAGCCCCCCAGGGCUCUUUGCCAUCAUCCACACUACCAUCGCCGGGAUUCACCACUUCAACAAUCUUCAGUACUCAAACGGCAACAAUUACUGCUUGCCCAUCAUCAGUCCCUAAUUGCCCUGCAUCUGAAAUGUCUACCUCUGUGACGACCGAAACUAUUGUCGUCGACACCACUGUUUGCCCCAUCACCGAGACUUCUCAACCAACAUCCACAAUUACUCAGACCAAUGGCGGAUCACCUACCGGAGAGUUCAUUACGUCCACUGUCUUCAGUACUCGCACUUCCACCAUUACUGCAUGCCCGUCCAGCGUGGUGGAUUGUCCUGCAAGACAAAAGAGCACAUAUGUCACCACUGAAACUGUCCUGGUCUCCACCACGGUGUGCCCAGUGGCUGUUUCGACGCCUACUCCUAGUGCUGGCUCGCAGCCAAAUAAUUCCGCUGGGGAAUCAUAUCCCAGUGUGACCACUUCAACUGUUCUGACUACCCGGACGUCCACAUUGAUUGCAUGCCCAUCGACGGUCACCAACUGCCCAGCUUCGGUUAAGAACACUUUUGUCACUACUGAGACACUGGUCCAGUCUACGGUCCUCGUUACGAUUGAGGCAUCCCCAACCGCCACCGGCUCGUUGACAUCUCUUCCUGCCGUGUCUACCAGCGGGGCUUCUGGCAUUGGAUCCAUGGGUGCAAGCAAGGAGUCAAACAAUGGCAGUUCUAGCGGCAAUGGAUCUGGCUUUUCAGGAAGUAAUGCCGGUGGUGUCGCCGGCAACCAGGCAGGAUCACCAAGCUCUUCUACUACUUUCUACCGUACAUCGUCUUCUCCAGUCGCGGCCAUGGCGUCAAGCCUGCGUCCCGGCUCGACUGCUUCAUCUGCAUCACAGAAUACUAGCGGGGCAAGUGGAACUGUGACCAGCUCGAGUCCAGUCUUCACUGGUGCUGGGUUUUCGGCAUUGAAGAUGAUUCCUGUCUAUGACAUCUUGCUGCUGUUAGCUGUUUCUAUGUUCUUCCUUUCUUAG